AUGCAUCGUAAAGAACACGAUAUUUCCUCUUUAAAUAACGAUGACAUAUGUAAUCAAAGUGUUACUGCUAACUUUGGGAGUCAGACUGAAAUAGAACUCAACAUGUGCCAUACAUGUUCUAAUUUGGAGAUUGCAGCAAAAGUAAGCGAAGACGAUUCAAAUGAGUGCAGAUUUAAAGAAGUUAAUGUUUCCUCAAUGUCUAAAGAAUUUUCCAGAAAUAAAUUAUUGCUGAAAGAAGAAACGCAAGCGACAAAACAACUGUCACCAUGCAUUGAGCAGUACAAUUCGGACAGUGCUAAGAUGACAACAUCCCCAAACUUGCUAGAAAACGCAUUUAUAAUUGAGAACAGUCACGAGUCACACAAUUAUGAAAGAAAACCUCAAAUUCCACUCCAAGCGUUAUCAAAAUUCAGCACUGUAAUAUUAUCUGAAAAUAAGCAAACAUCGUUGACAAACGAAGCCAGUUUUCAAGAUGUUCUGUUCAGUGGUCAAAGCGUCAACAACUUUACAUUUUCUCCAAAAUCUUCGGCCAUGGCGCCAUUGCUUAAAUCAGCAGCAGAUUGUAAACAAAUGUCUCCAGACAGAUAUAAUUUGAAGUCUGUUCGCUUGGAUGAAUUUCCAGCUUCUGUCCCUAAAGAUCAGUCAUUGCAUUUGAUCUCACCAGAAGAUGCCCUUUCAGCAUCAAAAGAUUCUCCCCAACAUCUGACCCAAAACUCUGCCCGCCCUUCGCUGGACUCCACGUCUAAGAAAUCUCUGGACCUUGAGAUUAAAAAUGCCACGAAAGUAGUUCUGCCUAGGAUGGAUGAGGAACCCAAAGCUGCCUCCAGUAGCGACGAGUCCUUAAUCAAGAAUGCUAUCCCCUUCCUUCCACUGGCACUGGCCGUGUGCUGCCUAAUUCUCAAUGUAUUUGUUCCUGGCUCAGGUACAGUCAUGAGUGGACUGCUGGUUCUCUGCUGUGGUCAGCCGAGACUGCUGCGCAAAGAAGACCAGAUUUUGACGACAAUGUGUGUCAACUGCAUGGUUGGUUUGGCUCAGCUGUUCACUGUUAGUUUCUUCCUCGUUGGCUGGUGUUGGUCUGUGGCCUGGGGAGUUCGCCUGGUACUGUUAUCUG